AUGGCGCUGAAACAUUUUCCGACUCUGACGCACAUUUUAGGUGCUUCCUAUAAAAGUAAAACAUUCGGACAGUCGACAAAAGCGAGUUUGUUGUUGGGGAAACCCUUCAGCUCUCCGACGGGAGGUGAAGACACAGGAGCAGUUGCGGGACAGACUGUGGUCACGGAGCGCAAGGGGUCUGUGGUUACCGUGGGGAUAAACCGCCCAGAGGUGCGUAAUGCGGUGAACCAGGAGACGGCGAGGCGUCUGCUGGAAGAGCUGGAGGCCUUCGACCGCGCACCAGACUUGAACGUGGCUGUGCUGCAUGGGAAAGGAGGGAAUUUCUGCGCUGGUUAUGAUCUGAAAGAGCUGGCCAAUCACACAGCCUCCCUCAAAUUGGAGCAAGAUGUCACCAAGGGUCCCGGUCCGAUGGGUCCAUCCCGUAUGGAGCUGUCGAAGCCGCUGAUAGCAGCAGUCAGCGGCUUUGCUGUGGCUGGAGGGCUGGAGCUGGCUCUGCUGGCAGAUCUGAGAGUGGUGGAGGAGAGCGCCGUCAUGGGGGUGUUCUGUCGCCGGUUUGGAGUUCCCCUGAUUGACGGAGGCACAGUUCGGCUCCCUCGCCUCAUUGGUCUGUCACGAGCCCUCGACCUGAUUCUGACUGGACGGCCAAUCGGAGCGCAGGAAGCUCUUGCGUACGGUCUGGCUAACAGAGUUGUUCCUGAUGGCCAAGCUUUACAGGCAGCCCUGCAGUUAGCAGAGCAGAUCAGCUCCUUCCCUCAGAAGUGUCUGCGGGCCGACCGCUCCUCAGCCAUGUACAGCUGCUACGACGCUCCGUCCUUCACACAGGCCAUGCAGUAUGAGAUCGACCACGGAGUUCCUGUCAUCCAAUCAGAAGCUGUCACUGGGGCAACCAGGUUCACUACUGGAGCUGGAAGAGGAGGAAAAUUCUCCUAGGAUUUAGUUUGCAGAGGCCUUGUGAAUUGUGAUUUUCAGGUGACCUAACACAUCUUGCUGCAUCCAUGUUGGAAGUGAAUGGUUACGUUUUCAAACCUACAGUAAAACUUCGACAAUACUGAACAGAACUAGUCUAUUUUGUAUUCUGAUAAUUCCAGCCCAUCACUUAGCCAAUCAUAUUAUAUAAUAGUGACAAGUAGUUGGGUCAGAUAUGAACUAAGGAACUAAGUUGACUUUUUUUUUAAGUCAUGCAACUGCAUGGCAAAGGGUGAACAUAUUCACUGUAUUCACCUUGUUUGGUCUGGGUUGCAGUUUUUUGAGAAAUAACAUCCAAAAUACCAAAAAGAUGAGACACAAAAAUAAAGUUAGUCUAAAGCCACAAUUUGCAAUUGUUGAACAGCACCACUUUCCUCCCAACUGUCAGUCCCCAAGCUCCACAUUGCAGCAGCAUGUACACAGCUGUUUUUAAAUGAAGGCCACUUGGACUCUGAUGGAUGGGAGGGAAUGGAGCUCCACAUCAAGUAUAGACUGAGGCUUUAACUUUCAUUUUCUUGAUGCAAAACACACACACACACACACACACACACACGCACAGGCAGAGCUGUGUCUUUCUUCACCAAAACGUGGUUUAACCCAAGCUGAUUAAACCAAACUGUCUUUUUUUUAAUUUGAAUAUAAGCCUGUCCUCUGAUUUCUUCAUUUUUUGAAUUAUAAAUAUGUAUGUUGUUUCAAGAAA